AUCCGUUUUAACCCCUAUACUUUUUGCAAUAUAGUAAUGUUGACUUGUAUGUUAUGAAUACACCGUGUGUAUGAUGGAUGUUAUUGAACCUAGAGAAGAAUUCGUUGGGAAGAGAGUAAUUUCCAAGCAACAUGACGUCGAUAUAAACGAGUGGGAAUCUGGUGUAAUACGAUGCAGUUGUACUGACGAUGGUGGUUUAAUGUUCCUGAUUGAAUGGGAUCAUUUAAAUUGGGAGGAGCGAGACUGGUCGCGGUUGGAUGAUUAUGAACAAUUGUAUUUGGAAUGUUUUGUUUGUUUGCGUAAGUUACAUCACAAUGGGAAGGACAAAGUUGCUCUGGCAUUUUCCCCGAUGAAAGAAACGAACGACAUGAUUGUUUUACUCGAAUAUUUUCACAACAAGUUCAGGAUAUUUAUAGACAAAGAUAAGAUAACCCAAGUGAACAAUGUUCAUGAAAUCACCCAAGUUUUGGAUAAAAAUGAAAACAAGGAAAUAAUGGAUUGGAUAAAUUUACAACGAACGCAAAAAGCAUUAUUACACUACACCCACAACCUCCCAGGGACCAGGGUGUUGGUUUAUGGAUCAAACACGACAAUGCAUUGGAUUAAUGGAAUGGUAACCGGACAGGAUUAAAAGGGGAAAACUAACAAUCCUAAAUGAACAGGUCCUCACCCCUAUAACGAUUGACCCCGGCACCACGCAAACCAUGUUCUUGAACCCCCACAAUAUACUUGAUGUCAUCCAUAAUAACAAGGGAAGAAGUUGUAGAUCAUCCGCGUCAACCACGACAUCAACCAAUGAGAGAAGCCAACGCACACGAAGAUUAACGAAACGUAAAUCAUGUCCUGAGAUUUCUACUUCCACGUGUAAAAGUAA